UCAAAAAGUGAUCGAGACAGGCUCUUAACGAACGCAUCAACAUUUUUUCCGUAUUACUGCUGAAAUCACGCAUUUUCUUUUAGUAAUUUUGUAGAAAUUAGGUCUGAAUUCGUUAUUUUUCGUUUUUCCUUUGGGGAUUUCUCGUCGAAAAGUCAUCGUAAAAUGGCAUCGUGUGCCACAUUUCCGCAGAUAAAUUUGCAACCGCCCACGGAGGAACAACAGAGUGAUACGCGGAGCGAAAGUUCGUCGCUCGACAGCGACUGGAGUGACUUGAAAUCCAUUGCGGCGCAAUUGGGAGUCACGGAUUUGGAUAACCUCUAUACGGAACGCUUCAAAAUCGAUCGUCAAAAGUUGAGUGACAUGAUAAAAACGGAAGCCUACGAGGAUGGCGGCGUCAAUAUUGCCGAGCAAUUCUUCACGAAAGUCAUGCAAGAGACUCUCACGCACAUCAGUUGGCCGUGCCGCUUGAAAUUGGGAGCAAAGACGAAAAAAGAUCCGCAUGUACGGAUAAUUGGUCACAAAGAGGAUGUUUUGCAAGCAAAACACAAAAUAAUGACCCGAUUGGAUUCGCGUGGCAAUCGAGUGAUAAUGAAAAUGGAUGUUUCGUACACGGAUCAUUCGUACAUCAUCGGAAAGGGGGGCAAUAGCAUCAAGAAAAUCAUGGAAGAGACACGAACGCACAUCCAUUUUCCGGACUCGAAUCGAUCGAAUCCCACGGAAAAAAGUAAUCAAGUGUCGAUUUGUGGCGAAGUCGAAGGCGUGGAAAAAGCAAGAUCCCAAAUUCGAUUAUGCACGCCGUUGCUGUAUUCGUUUGAGUUGCCAAUUGUGGCAGCGGGAAGACCGCAACCUGACAACGAAACGCCCUUCGUGAAGGAAAUCGAACGAGAAUUCAAUGUGCAGAUUAUAUUUAGCAGCAGACCUAAAUUGCAUUCUGCCCUCGUACUCAUCAAGGGAUCCGAAAUGGAUGUUGCCAAAGUGAAGGAGGCAACGAAACGACUCAUUAACCUCAUUUGCGGGGAGAUUGCACCUCAGAUCUCAGUUCACAUGCAACUGGAAAUCUCGAUUCAACAUCACCCGAUCGUCGUUGGGCGCAUGUCAUCUAAUUUGAGAGAAAUUAUGAACAAGACAAGCACGAAAAUUAUGUUCCCCGACGCCAACGACGUGAAUAUCAAGCCAAUUAAACGAUCUCAAAUCACAAUUACGGGCACCAUCGAAGGCGUUUAUCUCGCACGUCAACUUUUGAUCGGAAAUUUGCCCAUUGCGCUCAUUUUCGACUAUCCCGAAAGCAAUAUCGACACCGAAUUGGUGAACAAACUCAUGUACACGUACGACGUUUUCAUCGCAGUGCGUCAAAAAAGUCGUCAAAGUACGUUAUGCAUCAUCAUCAAGGGCAUCGAGAAGUUCAUCAGCAACAUUUACGAAGCUCGUUAUCAGUUAUUGAAGAUGUCAGGCCCUCGUGUUGUCGCUGAAAUCCCUCCGACGUACUUUAAUUUGAGUGAUACGACAAAUCCGCGUUCAAAUUCGAUCGUUUCUUUGUUAGCGGCGACUGCGACGAAUAAUUUGCAAAGUUUAUCUCCGCUUCCGCCGAUGAAUUGGAUGAAUGCAGGCUUUCCUCGUGUGUCUCAAAGUUACAAUGUUACUUCGACAUCCAUGCCGAACAUCUCGAACAUCAAGGAUUUCCGUCAUCAAAACAACAACAACAACAAUAAUCAUCAUCAUCAUCACACAAUUGACAAAAAUCACAACAUCUCGCCGCGAAAUAUCAGUAUUUCGAGUGGGUAUCAGAGCAUCAAUUGCAGCAUGUCGUCGUUGGAGAACAACCUGUUCAAUGCGCCCUCGGACAAGGAUUUGGAACCGUCGUCGAAAACGAGUGACAAUUCGUUCAACGAUUCCUCCGAUAACUCAACGACGCUAAAUGACUCGCUCAUCUUCAACUUUGAUCGGCGCAUUAUAUCCGGGUAUAAUGCCAUGAAGAGUUCCCCGAAUGAACGGGAAGUUCGUACGCCGACGCGUCAUUGGCAAGGCUUGGGAUUGAGUCGAACGUCGCCGUAUCCCGUUGAACAGGCGCCAAAUGUUGCUGGCGGCGCAGAUGAUUGGCCCAAACGUACUUCUUCUCCCUUUGCGAUGACAACUUCGUUUAUUGAUACCAUUCCGAAGCCGCAACGUGAUCGACUUUCGCAGUACAAUGACGUCAUAUCGAUUUUGGCGAACAUCGGAUUGGAACAUCAUAUUCAACACUUCAUCAACGGCGAAAUCGACUUGCCCGUUUUCGCCACACUGACUGACAACGACUUACUGAAUCUCGGAAUCAAGACACUUGGAGCUCGACGUCGCAUUCUCAUGGCUGUUCACGAUGUUGCUGCGCGACAAUGCAACAGAUCUUCUCCCUUCGGAUCGACUUCCGUCUUUUCUGGCUCAGCUGCUCCGGGCGCCGAACGUCGAGGCUCAACUGGAAACAUUUAAACGACAAUUCUUGCGGAAUUAUCGUUUAUUUAAUGUAAACUCAUAUAAAAAAAAUCUUAUUAUAAAUUUACCUUAUAAUUAUUAAUAAUUAAAGAUAAUUAGCAUGAAGUUAUAUUAUUAUUACUGAAGUAGAAAAUAGAAAAUUUUAGACUUUUUUUGUAAUGCAGUUGCUGUUUCAUGCAUUUAUUUUUUAUGACAAAAAAAAAUUAAAACGGAAUGAAAUUUUCGAAACUCAAACAAGUUAACGGGAGAAUUUAAAUUUUUCUAUGGAUUUAUUUGGCUCUCAGUUAAGAAAAAAAUUAUGAACUGUUUAGUUAAGUUUAUGUAAUUUUAAGUGAAACAAAUCGACUUAGUUUUAAGUGCAUUCGAAGUGAUCAAGGAAAAAAAGGAUUUUAAUUGAAACAAAUUGUAAUGUAAAGUCGGUUAAGGUAUUAGACAGCAACUGCAAAAAAUGUCAUUUUGUAUUCUAGUUAUUAGUUAUUUAUUGUUAUUAUCAAUAUAAGCAUCAAUGUGUUUGAAUUUUGUAAAUUGAACAAAAAAAAAAUAUUGUUAGUUGUUAGUUAUUUAGUUGAGGAUGAAAAAAAAUUAUGAAUAAAAAUUGUAAUUUAUGAAGUAAA